UGACAUCGACAUCGGCAUCGGCCGGCCAUCGGGAGAAAAUAUCGCCUGGGGGCCGGACGUACUACUGCGGCUGCGGCUGCCGCUAGCUAAUCUAGCCUAGCCUAGCUACCACUAAGUUGCUGCUCAUGUCUAGUUGGGCUGCCCGGUUGCUGGUGCAAGCGAGGAGGCGGACAUAGACAUACAUCCCCCCGGCCUCCUGUCCUGUCCAGCCUAUAAGUAGGCGGCCAUGCGGUAGCUGCGGCAGACAAGCAUUCGAGAGAGAAGAAGCGACUGAUCAGCAUCCAAGGUCGUUGGUUGGUUGCAAUGGCCGGCUGCGGAGGUGGCCUGUACGCCGACGCGGAGCCUACAGGAAGCUCGCCAUGGAAUGGCACCCUGACAAGUGCGCCAGCGGCAGCUCCGGGUCCGGGGGCGCGGAGGCCGCCAAGGCCAGGUUCCACAAGAUCCAGGCAGCCUACGCAGUUCUGUCGGACCCCAACAAGCGUAUCCUCUACGACGUCGGAGCCUACGACAGCGACGCCGACGAUGAGGGUGCAGGAGACAUACUGGGAGACAUCCUGGAGGCCAUGAACCACACACCCCCACACCAGCAGCAGCAGCAGGAAGACGGCGAGGGCGAGAGCUUGGAGGAUCUGCACAAGCAGUUCGAGGAGCUCUUCCUCAAGCCCGACGCCUACUUCUCCAAGUCGCCGCCGCCCUCCUCCUCCUCCUCCUCCUCCUCCAAUACAAGGGCCGCCGGCAGGAAGUAGGCUCCCAAGAUGAAUGAAUCAUCUUCAUACGUGCAAGAUCAUUGUCUUGUGUUGCCUAGCUAGCUAAACUCACAAAACUCACCCAGAUGAUAAGUUGCUAGCCAUCCACGGAGAAACAACGAAAUCACCCAAAUUAAUGUUGAAUGUUCAGCUAGCAUGUAGAUGUAGUAUAGCCUAGUCACUAAAUGAAGAAUUUAUUUAGGCCUAGUCAUCCUCACCUGCCUAGUGGCAUGCGGAUGAGACCUGUCGCCAUCGCGUGGAAUUUUCCACCUUGUGAUUGUGAUUUGUACGACUACUAUGCGUGAAUUCAAUAUCAUAUGUGACAUCUUUUCAAAA